AUGAGCAAGAAUUUUGAACCUCUUUCCGACCCAGCGUCGAUCGUACAGUGGGGAAACUACAGAAUUACUGUGCUUACUAAUAGGUGCAUACGUAUUGAAUACAAUUCUGAGAAAAAAUUUGUAGAUCAAGCAACAAUAUCAUUUAUAAAUCGUAAAAUGCCUGUUGUUCAAUUUGAAAGCAUUCCAACAGAUGAGCAUCUAACAAUUAAAACAGAUACUUUGACUUUGAUUGCCAAAAGUAAAGAAUGCCAACCAAAUGAGGAGAAUUUCCAAAUUUUUGCAGAAAAAUUUGCAUGGAAAUUUGGCACAAAGCCAGAGAAAGAUCUUUUCGGAACAAUUCGUACAUUAGAUAUGGUCACAGGCUCUUGCCCACUCGGACCUGGCUUAAUCUCACGUGAUGGCUUUACAUUUUAUGAAGAUAAGUCAGCAUACAUCUUUGAAGAUGGUUCUGUUCAACCGAACACAUCAGAAAUCGAUUGCUACUUCUUUGGAUAUGAUCAUGACUACAAAGUCUGUCUCCAUGACUUCCUACAGAUGAGUGGCAAGAAUCCAAUCAUUUCUCGUUACGCCUACGGAAUCUGGUGGUCCAGAUACUGGCCAUACACUUCCCAAGAAAUGAUCAACGUUGCCGACGAAUUUAUCAAGCACAAUAUACCUCUUUCCGUCUAUGUCAUUGAUAUGGACUGGCAUUGCGACGGCUGGACAGGUUAUACAUGGAAUAAGAAAUUAAUUCCAGAUCCACAGAACCUUCUUGACGAAUUACACAAGCGCGGCCUCCAAGUUACAAUGAAUCUCCAUCCAGCGGAAGGAAUUCAGAGCCACGAGAUGCAAUAUGAAAAGAUGGCGAAAAGGAUGGGCGUAACACCACCAGAACCAGUUAAAUUCUGUGGUUCAGAUCCUAAAUUCAUGACCAACUACUUCGAUUGUGUCCUCCAUCCCCUUGAAGAACAAGGAGUUGAUUUCUGGUGGAUUGAUUGGCAACAACAAAACGACGAAAAGGUUGAUCCACUCAUUACUCUCAACAACUGGCACUUCAAGGACAACGGACGCAAGAGAAGACCACUCAUUCUCUCAAGAUGGUGCGGAUUAGGUGGCCAAAGAUAUCCUAUCGGAUUUUCUGGCGACACUUUUGUUGAAUGGUCAUCAUUACAGUUCCAACCAUAUUUCACAAGCACUGCUGCCAACAUUGGCUUCAACUACUGGUCACAUGACAUUGGCGGCCACUACGGCGGACACGAGACAGGCGAAUUGUACCUCAGAUGGGUUCAAACAGGUGCAUUAUUCCCAAUAUUGAGAAUGCACUCAAACAGAAACAUUUUCCACGAAAGACUUCCAUGGGGAUACGAGAAAACCAUUGAAGAACUCGCAAUCAAAGCAAUGCAGUUCCACUGCAAACUCACACCUCUCUUCUACUCACUUUCCUUCGGUGAUCAAAUCAUUAAGCCAAUGUACUAUGAUUACCAGGAAAGUGAAUCCGCUUAUAACUGUCCUUCUCAAUUUUUGAUCGGCAAUGAUAUCAUUGCAUGUCCAAUUACAAAUCCAAUUGACAAGGAUUUAGGACAUUCGUUCAUCGCAGUCUGGUUGCCAGAUGACUCCCUCUGGUUCGACUACCAGACAGGAAGACAGUACAAAGGUGGUUGGCACAUGAUUUACGGAAAUCUGUCAACAAUUCCACUUUUUGUGAGAGCUGGCGGUUUGGUUCCAUUGCAGGACAAGAAGGAAGCAACUUUCGAGGUCUUCCCAUGCGGAGAAACAUCUUUCACUGUAAUUGACGAUGAUGGUGGUUUGACAAACGGUUCUGACAGCUUCAAGACAAAGGUGACAACAAAGAUGACAGAAGAUGCCUUCGAAAUCAAGUUCGAAGGCGAAGGCAACCAGAAAUUCAUCAAAGACAAGAAAGUUAUCGUAAAAAUAAGACAAACUGAAUCAGAAAAAGUGACAUUUGAAAAUUGCCGUGCUGAAAAAGUGACACUUGAAAACAACACACUUACAAUUAUUUUGAAAUCGUACAAGUAUCCAUUUACUAUCAAGCACAACUUAGUGUUGUCGAAGUACGAGAAACCAUUGCCCCAAGACAUCUUCAAUUUCAUCAAACCAAUGGAUCUUGAGAUGUGGGUUAAAUUCCAUUUGUAUCAAGAUUUGGAGAAGAAUGGUUUCAUCGCAUCUUUGGAACAGCAAUACUUGCCACCAAAAUUAUUGAUGCACUUGUUGUAUUACACGAAAGACUGCGGUUUCUACGAAUAUCCAGAUGAUACAGGUGUUGAUGCAUCAGUAAUUUUCUCAAAUUGCGAUGAUUUCGAGUACAAUUUAGUCAGAGUUUCUGAUCGCUACAAAGUUGAAACUGUUCAUGAUUUCGUUCCAAAGAACGGUUUGAUUUUCAGGAGAUCACAGGAAAAGGCUCAAAAGUGCAAGACGUUUGAUAUCCUGGAGUCUAGAACUGAUUUGACAUACGGAUUUGGUCCUUUCACUUUCAAAGUUGAAUUUUAA